GAUCAGGAAGUGGACUAUUCCCUACCAAUCAAAAUGGAAACACUUGUACGGAAUUAGCUUUAAAUGUCCUGAAAUAUUCCCGAAAACUUGUAUUUUUCAGCCUUUAUCGAGUUUACUAUGACAGUAGACAGUUACUGUGAUAUGUAAUGUUUAGUUGAGAACUUCGUGUUGAGGGGAGAACCGUGAAUGUCGGUGAACUACAGUCACUACAAUAACAAACAUCCUUGUAGCUAGCUAGUUGUAACGCUAACGCUAUAGUUUUAUUUACUUUACAUUAUUCUGCGAUAAACACUAACGUAGUUUAGAUUUAACUUUUACAUUUUGUGACCGGACAGCAGCCGAAAUGCAUCGGAGAGGUGUUGGAGCCGGAGCUAUUGCCAAAAAGAAGCUAGCAGAGGCCAAAUAUAAGGAGAGAGGAACUGUUCUUGCAGAGGACCAGAUUGUCCAGAUGUCCAAGCAGUUGGAGACCUUCAAAUCGAACCUGGAGGAGUUUGCCAGCAAGCACAAACAGGAAAUCCGAAAGAACUCACAGUUCAGGGUUCAGUUUCAGGAAAUGUGUGCCACCAUCGGAGUUGACCCACUUGCCUCUGGAAAAGGUUUUUGGUCAGAGAUGCUCGGAGUUGGUGACUUCUAUUAUGAGCUUGGUGUACAGAUCAUUGAAGUGUGCCUGGCCCUGAAACACAGAAAUGGAGGGCUUAUCACUUUGGAUGAACUCCAUCAGAGAGUACUGAAAGGAAGAGGUAAAUACGCUCAGGAUGUGAGUCAAGACGACUUGGUCAGAGCCAUAAAGAAACUGAAGGUGAUGGGGAAUGGUUUUGGGAUGAUUCCUGUCGGUGGUUCCUACUUGGUGCAAUCAGUACCAGCAGAGCUCAACAUGGACCAUACUGUAGUUCUACAGCUGGCCGAGAAAAAGGGAUACGUCACAGUGAGUGAGAUCAAGGACAGCCUUAAAUGGGAGAAGGAGCGGGCUUGUCAUGUCCUGGAUCACUUGCUAAAAGAAGGCCUGGCUUGGUUGGACUCUCAAGCAGCUGGAGAAGCGCAGUACUGGCUGCCUGCUCUCUUCUCUGAGCUCACAUCCCGUGAUGUCACACCAGAGGAAGCCAAUCAGAUGACACCGUAAGAAAAAAAAAGAAAAAAAGUGGGACGGACCUGGACCACGAGCUGCUGACAGUUUUAAAGACAUGUUGGUAAACAAAAUGUGCCUGGUGGGAAGGAGCAUGUGAUGGAGUUGGCUGGUUCACUGGAGCUGGCAGGGAGGGUGAACUCUCUGUGAGAUAAUUUUCUGGACACGAGGAGGGAAAACUUCCCUCAGUAACCUCUAUGCAACGAGUGCACUUGCAUUAUUACAGAGUGGCUGGAAGCAGCUUGAUUUCCAUUACACUGCAAAUGAAAUUGAGUGUAAGAUCUUGUCUUGUAGUCAUGGUUAACGGGUCUUUAAUGAUAAUUCUCAAUGCACAUAACAUGUAACUGUUUCAUUUUUCAUGUAUAAACAUAAACUUUGAAGAAAAGACAA